UUUUGAUUCAACUUCUAAAGCAUCUUUUUAAGUGUUUAAACAAAUAAAAAAAUGAAAAAUUUCACAUUGUUAUUGCUGUGCAUUGGAUUUUUCAUUGUCGUUACUUAUGCGAAUGAAGAAGAACAAGAAUCAAUUCAAGAACUUGAUUCAGAAUCAGUAGAGGAUUUAUUGUCAUGGAGAUGUAAAAAAGAAGGCCAGGAAUGCAAUAAACGCAGAUGUUGCCGAAGAUUAAAGUGUGAUAACAAGACUAAAAAAUGUGUAAAGGAACCAUGUAAAACUGAGAAUCAAGCUUGUCGAAGAAACAAUGAAUGUUGCAAAGAUUUAAAAUGCUGCAGAAAACAGAGGAAAUGUUUAAAAAAGAAAGAACUGAUUCCAGAAGAUUUAAUUCCAAAUAUCGAUAUUCAUGAGGACUUUGACGAAGAAGAAGAAGAUUAAUUUUUUUUCAAAAAAUAAAUAAAUAAAACGAUGCACUGGAAUAUAUUAAAAUAAAAAAAUUAAUUGCCUAAUAAUUAUAUU